AUGAACCGAAGGGGCCCCGGCAGCAGCAGCAGCAGCAGCAACAGUAGCAACAGCAGCAGCAGCAACAACAACAACAACAACAGCAACAGCAACAGCAACACCAGCAGCAACAGCAACAGCAGCAACAGCAGCAACAGCAGCAGCAGCAGCAGACAACGCAAGGAAGGGGCCCCUGGGGGCCCCCAAGCUGUGCCCUGCAUGGCUGUUCAGGCGUUCAUUUUGCUGCUGCUCGCCAUUGUGCGGGAGGCGGCUUUGGCUGGGGGCCCCUAUAGAAUAGAGGGGGGGGGCCCCCAGGUAGCAGCAGCUCUUCUUAGAACCCCGCAGCUAAAUCUACUGCGAGGGAUAAGCACCAGGUACUGCAGCAGCAGAUACGCAUUAACCCGUGAGGCUGCAGCAGCAGAAACAGCAGCAGCACCACCAAUAGCAGCAGCAAAGACAACAGCAGCAGCAACAACAACAAAUUCAACUGCUGGGAAACCUGUAUGGGCCCCUGCUUAUCUAGGGCCCCUGCAGCUCCCGUCGAGCAGCAGAGCAAAGCUUCAUAGCAGCAGCAGCAGCAACAGCAGCAGCAGCAGCAGCAGCAGCAGCCUUUUUGCUGCUAGGAGGACCGGUGUUGCUGUGCCUGAAGACAUUCGCGACUUUGGCCGUGUGACAAUAUACCACUGGCUCAAACCCACCCUCACGCAGCAGCAGCUGCAGCAGCUGCAGCAGCAGCACGAGCAGCAGCAGCAGCAACGGCAGCAGCAACAGCAGCAGCAGCAUGCGGAACAGCAACCAGGGGGCCUCUUGGGGCCCCUCAGUUACUUUUAUGAUUUCGACUUACAUCUGCAGCGCGUAGGCGCUGCUGCAUACUAUGAGGGAGCAGCAGCAGCAGCAGCAGAGGCAGAAGCAGCAGCA